AUGACUUUUUCUGCAACUUCCCUUAAGCCUAACCGGUACUGUCUCUCUCCAUGGUACAAAGCUCCAACUUCAAACCAUGCUUGCAGAAAACAGUUAGGAGUAAAAGCUUCAACUAGUGGUUCAGAUGAUGGAGAAAGGACGGUUAUAAGGAAGACAAAUGAUGGGUGGAAGAUCAAUUAUUCUGGCGAGAAGCCAGCAACGCCAUUGCUGGAUACAGUCAACUACCCUCUCCAUAUGAAGAAUCUAUCCACACAGGAUCUCGAACAACUUGCAGCAGAGCUAAGAGCAGAUAUUGUUUACACUAUAGCAGAUACUGGUGGGCACCUUAGCUCAAGCUUAGGAGUGGUCGAGUUAGCAGUGGCCCUGCAUCAUGUUUUCAAGACCCCAGAAGAUAAGAUCAUAUGGGAUGUUGGUCACCAGGUCAGUCUUCUUUUUUCUUGUUUUCGAAUAGAAAUUGAACUUCAAUGA